AAGGACUUCUUUCUACUUAUCCGUGGCGGGAGUUUCACUUCCUUGACAAGUUCAUCUUUAUAGCUUUUAGACUUGAGCCCAUUUUUGGACCGUCCAAGUCGUGUCAAAGUAGAAGUUCGGCUGACUGCUUCUGGCUCGUAAGUCGUUGUUGACCUUCUAACCUCUUACUACUUGCUUUCUUUGAGAAAUCCUGCUUCAAAGGACAUAAAACAAAGCAACGACAUUAAGAUAUUCGGGGUUCAGACGGUUCGCGUUUCGCAUCCUUGAGCGCCAGCGCGUGUAAUUGUCGCAGUAAUGUCCGCCAAGAAGACCGCCACGGAGACCCUGAAGCGUAAUAAAACAAAACUCAUCGACGUUUUUUGUAUUGACUAUCCAUUUAUCCUCAACAAAGUUCAGGAGAAUAAGCUGGUAACUUCGAGGGAGUACACCAAUCUCAAGAGCAUCAACAAAGAGCAUGUGGCGGGCCACGUUAUAGAGCUUGUGGACAAGAUCAUGAAUAAAGGAGAAGAAACCUGCCAAAACUUUCUGGAGCUACUGCAAACCGACGACAUUGUUGAAACCUUUCCUGACCUGAAGAGCAUGAAGCUCCAUGACGUUUUACUCAAGCCGGUCCAAGCUACCUCACCUUGCAGUGCAGACAUGGUGCCUGAAGCUAAAAGGCUGAAAAAGGACGAGGUUUAUGAACUCAAAAGCGAGCCUGUUGGUCUCUGCCUGAUCAUAAACAAUGAGAAUUUCCACAGCCUCAAACAGAGAAGGGGGACAGACAAAGAUGCCGAGAGACUAGCGAAGGUGUUCAGCUGGCUGGGCUUCAAGGUGUUGAUGAGUAAAGACCAAACCAGGGACCAGAUGGAACAGACACUGAAGGUAGUUGCCUCUCCUCUUCAUGAGGAGAGGCAACUCCAGCUACUGGAGCUGGGUGUUCAGGAAUGGUGCGACGACUGCCUCUCUGCUCCCCAGCAGCCGGUUAGGCACGGCGACGCCUUCGUCUGCUGCAUUCUGACCCACGGGUCAUUGAGUCAAGUUUAUGGGGUCGACUCACAGCCUCUUGUCAUUAAAGAAAUUAAAAAACAUUUUGUGGCCACUAAGCUGCCAGCCCUCACUGGCAAACCCAAAGUGUUCCUGAUUCAGGCCUGCCAACUCGACAAGGUGUUUGCAGCACAACGAGGGGUGUUGCCGAACGAUGUGGAGGAGGAUAGUGCAACAUCCAUUCCUGAGGAAGCAGAUUUUCUCGUUGCCGUUUCCACUGUUGAAGGCUACGCAUCGUUUAGACACGUAGUAGAUGGAAGCUGGUUUAUCCAGUCGGUGUGUGAGCAGCUGGAGUUGCACUGCCCUAGUGGUGAAGACUUUACUUCCAUCCUGCAUCGAGUAAAUGACAUGGUGGGCCAGAAGGAGGGCUCCAUCGGUGUUGGUCUGGUAAAGCAGGCGCCUGAAGUGAAGUUCACUCUGAGGAAGAAACUUGUUCUGUCGCCACGUUGCCCUUGAAGUCCAACAGUGCCUGCAGAAGAGUGUGGCUUUAAGAAGAUUCUUUAUCUAAAUGCAUGUAUAUUGAUAUAUUUUUCACUAUACAUCUGAAAAAUGUAUAGUGUGUGUAAUUUCCUUAGCAUACUGUAUUUUCCAAUCUAAUUUUAAGUCUCAACUUUUGUUUUCCUUUGCUUUUGUGUGGCCAGUCUGCUUUUAUUUUUUCUGCUGUCUCCUUUAUUAAACACAUAUAAAUACACAUGCCAAAUAUACAACUGCUCUAUAUAUCAAAUUCUGGCACCCAGCAGAGUCACUAAAUAGCUUAAUUUUCAAUUUUAACAUAUUCACAAUGUUGUGACUGUGUGUUAUAAGCCCACAUGUGUAGAUUUAAGUUACAUAACAUGAAAUCCCAAUAAUAAACCCAGUGUUGCUCAA